CAUCACUGCCUUUUGGCGUACUAAACGGUUAAGGGACGACAGUCUUAACUACUUACAUAAGUAAAGAGUUUUUGACGGCGGGGGCAGUGCGCCGCCGCGCUGCCGCGCGUGCGCGUCACUGCAUCUACUGAUUCCGCGCCGUUCUCCUUCUUCUGCAACACCAUGUCAACAAGCAAGACUGCUCUCAUUCUCGGUGCAACAGGCGCAACCGGCAGAAAUCUCCUUCGUGAGCUUCUCACAAGCAACCAGUGGUCUAAAGUUGGCGAAUAUGGUCGACGAGUAACACCAGAAGCCGACCUUCCUUCGAAUAGGGGCAAGCUGGAACAGAAAACCAUCGACUUUGAAAACUUGGAUGCAGCGGGGCUAAAGGACGGAAGGUGGGAUGUCGUGUUCGUAACCCUUGGGACGACUCGCGCGAAGGCUGGGAGCGCAGAGAUGUUUGAGAAGAUCGACAGAGAGCAUGUGGUGAGCGCCUGCAAGGCCGCAAAAUCAGAUGAUCCGACACAUCAACAGCGGGUCGUGUAUCUCUCUUCUUCGGCUGCUAAUUCUUCGUCUCCCUUCCUGUAUACGAGAUCAAAAGGUCUCACUGAACUAGGCAUAGCACGCAUUGGGUAUGCGGACACCAUCGUCUUCCGCCCAGGUUUGUUCAAAGGAGCACAGCGCGAAGAUAAAAGGCUCGCAGAGAUCAUUCUUGGUUACGUGACCGGCGCCGCAUCGUAUUUUACGUCCAGUGUGGAGAUUCAGGUUAGCGUUCUCGCUAAAGGUAUUAUGAAAGCAGGCAUUUUGGGUUCAUCUGGUCUACCCGCCACUGUGGGUGCCACUAAAGCAGGACAGGAAGGAGCGUGGUUUACUCUGAUAGGGAACAAGGGUGCGAUUAUUCUGGGGGAGGAUAAGUGAUUCAAUUUCAAAUCUCACCUAAGUGACACCAUUAAACCUUAUAAUUAGUAAUUAUGUCAGGUACCUGUCCUGGUUACUAAAUAAUAAGCCCUAGUAAUAUCCCACCACACCAGUGAAUACUAUCACUUGAUCUGGAAUGCACAAUGCACUCCAGAACUCACCACUACAUAGUGAUGUGCGAGCCAG